AUGGGUUUAAAAAUUUGGACAGCUCAUAUAGGGGUACUACAAAUCGCACUUGUCGUUCAAAUAGUUUUGAUUAUCCAAGUUGCGAUCGAGAUAAUUCGAAGUGGACGAAGCACUGGAAAUCCUCAAAAUGCCAAGCACAAGAAUAUCGCAAAGACUGUGAUAAUUCUUACACCGAUUCUCUUCCUCACCGCCUUUCCUUAUUUCUUACUGAAACAACUAGAGUUCUUGGCAAGGCUGGGAUACUUUGAUCAUGAUAAAACCGCCGGAUCAUUACUUCAUAACCUCUCCUAUCGCUACGCACCAAUUGCCAUGCUAAAUUUCGCGGCUAACCCAAUUCUGUAUGCCUUACGUCUACCUGACUACAGGCAAACUUUGCUCGCUUUCGUUGGUAAAAGCAGGAGUAGUUAUCGGAGGAGAUCAACGCAGAACAUGUCGUCACAGUUAACAAACACGUUCCCCUUGAAAAGUCAAAGAGAAAGAGCCGCGUCGACUAUGUCUGAAAAGAAGUGA